AACUACGAAAACAUGUCGCCAUGGUAACGGAUGAAACUGCCUAGAUUAGCUUGUUAGCAACCGUGUAGCCUCUCUAUUUCAAUCUCUCCUGUUUUAACCAGCGUUAUAUUACUGACAUGCGAUGGAGGGGUCCGAUACAUACCUCAUACGACCUAAUCAUCAGUACAAGUUCAAACCAGCCAUUGUGAAGGAGUGUGUCCGUGAAAUUGUGAGGGAGCGACUGUCUGGGAUGCGAUAUGACCCAGAGGAAGUCCCAGAGCUGUCCCGUUCACUUGCAGACAGCAUUAAAGACAAAGUGAAGAAUGCAGGGUUUGAUAGAUACAAGCUUGUCGUGCAGGUGGUCAUUGGAGAACAACGAGGACAAGGAGUCAAGAUGUCUUCGAGGUGUUUGUGGGAUGCUGACACAGACAACUAUGCAGAAGAUGUUUUCAUGAACGACAGCUUGUUUUGUGUGGUGGCAGUUUUCGGAAGCUAUUACUACUGAGGACAAGAGGAUGGAUGACAGAGAGUUCUUUCAGAUGAAGAGAUGUGAGACCAACAUCCAAAUGACACUGCUCACCGUCAGCAAUUUGGGUCCACGGUGAGCUGAGCUGAAGUAACCGUGAAUGUAAUUGCUGCAUCUUGAGAUCAAGACAGACGACAUCCCAUGCAGAAGGGUUGGAUACCUGUGCUGUUACUGUAGUGAUUUUAAAAGGAAGGAUUUCAUCAGGAUUUCCUGACUAGGCAAGAUGAUUAUUGAAGACUGAGGCCUCUUGUGACCAGUUGUUUACUUUGAAGGAUUAAUGGCUUAAAAAUAUCUCUUCUGAUACUUCCCGGUACAUUUUACUGUGCAUAUUUGGACCACACUUUGGUGCUUAACCUAGCACAGUAGCAACAGUAUUUGUCUCAGAUUGUCUGCCAGUACAGUUGAUUACUUUUGGCCAGCUACUAUAAUCAUACAGUAAUUUAGCUGGCUGGAGUCCUUUAAUAUUUAUUCAACAGUUUGAUUUUGACACCACGACAUUGUCAUCUCUCAAAGGAAUACAGAGUCCAUUUGUAUAUCAAUUUGUCAUGCCCUGUUACCUUUAAUUUGUUUUAACAAAUAUCCAAGAAGUGAUGUAGAUUGGUAUUUUGAAUACUGUAACAUUUAAAGUUUUGUUUCAAUAUCAAAUGUCCAAUAUAAUUUGAAAUAG